UUAGCUUCUGGUGUGUACCGCCGCAGGACGCCCAGCUACUCCGGCGGUCGGAAGUUUAACGUUGGCUCGGACUUCAUCUGUUCUGGGCACUCUCUGGCCAUGUGGCCGUACUGUCGACAAGCCCAACAGAGGGGUCCCCUUUUGAUGUGCCCCCCGCAGCUGAGUUAUCCUGAGUGGAGUUGCGCGAGGUGCUGAGGUCAUUUCUGGAGACCGGGGAGAUUCUGCCUUCAUCUGGGACACUUCUAGCGAAGUUCUCUUAAUUCUGUCCGCAGGGCCUGGACCACAUCCUUUAAGGAUUCUGAGUCUUCAGAUGCAGACUGACCUCU